CAAUAGUAUCGUCCAUGACGUCAUAUGAUUGACAUGUCUUUCGAAGAAGGCAGCCUAGAAGACGAUUUGUAGCGUGAAAACCGCAACAAAAUGUUGCCGAGUCCACGAAACGUGGCUAAUUUUUGCCAGUCCCUGCACUAUUAUCGUUGAAAUUCUGUUCGGACAGUCCCUAUAUAUCUUGUGAAUCUGUGUUUCGCAGUGUUGAAGGCCAGGCACAGAUUGCUUUGAAGCAUUAGCCAUGGCCACCAUGCCCAGUAAGAACCGAGUUCAGCCGAUGGGGAAGCACAGCAAGACUUCCAAAAGUGGAGAAAGUCCGACAGGCUGGCAUAGUUCUUUUGUACCGAGGAAGGGCAAGGGUCGAAUGAAAAAUGGCCACCGACGGACGGGGUCAUUCUCUUCCACCCUUGAUGGUAGUGAGCAAACGGAAUCAUCUCAUUGGAUUCGUAACCACAUCAGGAUGAGAGAAUGCAUCACCUUUAUACCAGACGAAAAAAGGAAAAAGAGGAAAACCAGUAUAAUCAGCAAAGGUGAUGACAGAAAGUGCAAAUGUGGAUACCUCUACUCUCAUCAUCAUCACAUCACUAAGGAAAAACCGUCUGAUACCAAGUGGAACUCUCUGAAGCACACCGCUAUGGCCAAGACCAACGCUUUCGGUGAACUAGAAUUUGUCGGCUUUGGACAAAGAGUUGGGAAGUUUGUGAGAGUGGACCACACGACAGAGCCUGAAGAUGUGCUGAAGCUCAUGAGGGAACAGUGGAAGUUGGAGCUUCCCAACCUCCUCAUUUCUGUAACCGGAGGUGCCAAAAACUUCUACAUCAAGCCCAGACUGCAGGAGGUGUUCAGGAAAGGUCUCAUCAAGGCAGCUCAGAGUACAGGUGCCUGGAUUAUAACAGGAGGGACACAUGCAGGUGUGAUGAAGCAUGUAGGAGAGGCCGUCAGAACGAACGCUGUGGCCGGCAGGUCAGACAACAAGGUGGUGGCCAUCGGAGUGGCAACAUGGGGCAUCGUGCACCACAAGGAUGAACUCAUUAACCCUCAGGGCUCGUUCCCAGCCAGGUACCACCUUGAGGACCCUCCCCCCGGCCGGGCGGCUCUCGACCCGAACCACUCCCACUUCAUCCUGGUGGAUGAUGGGACCAACGAGCAGUUCGGCAAGGAGAUCAAGCUCCGGGCAGAGCUGGAGAAGAGGAUUUCUGAGCACAAAACACGAGCUUGUACACAUGCUCCUGGCUCCAGUUCAGUCUCCAUCCCGGUCGUCCUACUCGCACUGCAGGGGGGGCCUGGGACUCUGGAAACUGUUUAUCAAGGAGUGAGCAACAACACCCCUGCGGUGAUAGUGGAAGGGUCCGGAGGUGCUGCUGACAUCCUUGCGUACGGGUUCAACCAUUCUCCGGAAGAGUUGGUUGCAGUGGAGGGACACGUGGGGCAGUAUGAAAUCGUAGGCCGUGUAGACAAGCAGCUAGAGGAAGUGCUCAGAGCAAAAAUAGUGGAGGAGUUUGGAGGGAGCGAUCCAUCAAAACUGGACCCAAACAAGCUGAAAGUGUGGACAAAAUGGGUGGUGGACAGCAUCAAGAAGAAGCAGCUCCUGUCUGUCUUUGAGAUUGACAGUCGGGAAUCUGCAAAGAACAUUGAUGUGGCCAUGCUUAGGGCACUACUCAGGGCAAACAAGGAUGACUACCAGCACCAGCUGAAGCUCGCUCUGGCCUGGAACAGAAGUGACAUCGCUGAGACGGACAUCUUCACUGCUGACAGGAGGUGGAAGCAAGAAGAGCUGGAGGAUCUGAUGUACUCUGCCAUUCUUGAAGACAAGGUCAACUUUGUGAAGCUGUUCCUUGAAAACGGAGUCAGUCUCAAAGACUUCCUGACAGUCAGAAGGCUACAGAGGCUGUACAGUGAGAUUCCACAGUCUGGUGUGCUGUUUGACUUGCUCCAAAAGCGGUUGAGAGAAAGGAUAUCAUCAUCAACUUCAAAAUCAUUGAGUCGAAAGCCAUCCUCUGCAAAGAUCUCUGUGACUAUGGAUGAUGUGGGCCAUGUUAUCCAGUCGUUGAUGGGGGAGAUUUAUGUUCCACUGUACGAGAGAAAUCCUGAAAGAUAUGCAGGUGUUGACCCAAAAGCGCUGUGUGAAGACCCCACAAGAGAGCUGUUCCUCUUCUGCGUACUUCUGAACCGACAGGAGAUGGCUCGGCUGUUCUGGGAAGAAGGGAAAGAGGGCGUGGCUGCAGCGCUGGUCGCCAGCAAGCUGCUGAAGUCCAUGGCACGGGAGCUGGAGAACGACACGGAGAUGAGCGAGGAAAUGUUGGAGCAUGCAGACAAAUUUGAGGACCUUGCCCUGGGCGUGUUGAACGAGUGCUGGGGAGAGGACGAGCUUCGAACCCAGCUCCUGCUGGUCCGUGAGCUGUACCUGUGGGGGGAGCUGACGUGCCUGAGGAUCGCCAUCAGUGGGAACCAUCUGAACUUCAUCGCACACAGCGCCUGUCAGGCACUUCUCAACAACAUCUGGAUGGGCAAGAUGGCUCUGGAUACCUCCAUGAUUAGGUUGUUCAGCUGCAUCUUCAUCCCCCCUCUGGUCCCCGCUCUCAUCUACUUCCGAGAGGACCAGAAAGAAGAGGAGACUCUGAUAGAACCCCUCGGGACGGACGAGCGCCACUAUUCUAUUGCACCUGGCAGCAUGAGGAGACCUGUAGUGGCCAGGACUAAAACCAGUGCAGGAAUGAUUGUGGAUGACAUUCCGGAGGGGGAAGACUUAAACAAGAGUAUGGAGAUGGUGGUAGUGCAUAGCUCAGGGUCAGGCCUGAUCAACAAUCGGCAAAAACAAGUACAGUUGAAAGAGGAGGAUGAGGAGGAUGAGGAGGAGUAUGAAGCUCCAGCCACAGAGGAAGGGGAGUUGGAUUUCCGCAGCAGUGGGAAGAGGAUCGGCCUCCUGACCAGGUUCUAUCUCUUCUACGAUGCCCCAAUCACCACCUUCAUGCACAAUGUGCUGUCCUAUAUCCUGUUCCUGUGUCUGUACUCCGUGGUCAUCCUGAGACAGUUUGAAUUUAAUGUCUUAUCAGUCAUCGACUACAUCCUGGCAGUCUGGAUCUUCACUCUCUUCUGUGAGGAAAUCAGACAGCUCAUCACAACAGAGGCCAGAUCAGUGUCAGGGAAGUUACUGGAAUAUGUCGGCAACUCCUGGAACCUGUUUGAUUUAGCCAACAUUACCACCUUUGUGGUAGCAUUUGCUUUGAGGUUCUUCCCCGAGACGUUCUCUGCUGCGCGGGUCCUGUACAGCCUGAACCUGAUGAUCUUCUUCUUCCGACUCCUGCACAUCUUCUACAUCAACAAGGAGAUGGGACCCAAACUCAUCAUGAUCGCCAGGAUGCUGAAGGAUCUUAUUUUCUUCAUCUUCAUCCUGAUCAUCUUCAUCCUGGCCUACGGUGUGGCAUCACAAGCCAUCCUGUAUCCUAACGAGACCCGGGCUGGGACCAUCCUGCAGGGCAUCUUCCACAAGGCCUACUUCCAGAUAUACGGGGAACUCUUCUUGGAGGAAAUCAUGAAUGAUGGUUUCACCUGUGAAGCUAACGAUACCCUAGCCAUCGCCACCAACCAGCAGAGGUGUCCCUCAGAGGUGGGGACCUACCUGGUGCCUGUCCUACUGGGGCUGUACAUGUUGGUCACCAAUGUACUACUUCUCAACCUCCUGAUUGCCAUGUUUGGCUACACGUUUGAGAAGGUUCAGGAGAACACUGACAAGAUCUGGAAGUUCCAGAGGUACGACCUGAUCAAGGAGUACUCUGACCGCCCUCCCCUGGCUCCUCCUGUCAUCUUCUUCUCUCACAUCUUCCUCCUGUUCCGAGCCAUCACCAUGGGGUGCUGCAAGAAGUGUCGCCCUGGAGAUAGCGUCAUGAAGGUGAAGCUUGAGAAGGCUGAGAGGAAACAGCUGAUCCUGUGGGAAUACCUGAACAGUGAGAACUACCUGCAGCAGACUCGCAGGGAGAAGAGCCAGGAGACGGACGAGAGGGUCCAUAAUACACAGGAAAAGGUGGAUGAGCUGAAGGACUUGGCUAGUGAACAAGACGAGCGCCUGACUAGACUGGAGGAACAGAUGAUGAAGUCCACCAUGUCUCUAGACUCUAUUGUUCAGGCCCAGGCCUGGAUCAUCAAGUCCCUACAGCAGAACAAGCUGGCAGCGAGCGAAGACGCACCUGAACUGGAAGUCACUCCUGCAGAAAAAGCCCCGCGCGCAGCAGUGCCGAGUCUGACACGAGAGCCCUCCUCGAUGAACGUGGGUAAGAGACCAAAGACGGUGAAAGGCCGGCGGCGCACGUUGGACAGUCAGCCUGUGCAGGAGAUCCACCAGAAGGCCAGGACCACUCCGUACCCGAUGUGUGACGUCAACAGGUGUCUGGUGCCGGAUGAUAAAGUCUCUUGAAGAACGACCCUUCCUGAUGUUUAACCAGCUGGAUACUAAGUUCAAGGGCGCUGUGGACAGAACCAGCUUCAUCGGAACAUACAAGGUCAAGGAGAAACUCCCACUGAACCCCAAAGGCAGGACAGGCAUGGUGGGGAGAGGGCUGCUGGGGAGGUUCGGACCCAACCAUGCUGCUGAUCCUGUUGUCACAAGAUGGAAGAGAGACAAGUAUGGGAACAAGGAGGUCCAUCCUGAGUCCAGCAGGAAUGUGCUGGAGUUUGUGGCUAUCCAAAGGAGAGACAACUUACUCUGGGCCAUUCCUGGGGGCAUGGUGGAGCCUGGAGAGAACUUGACCAUGACUCUGAAGAAUGAGUUUGGUGAGGAGGCUCUGGGGAAACUGGACAAGACGGAGCAGGAGAGGAUGGACAUGUCUCACAAACUGGACAAACUCUUCAGACAGGGCAAGGAGGUGUUCAAAGGAUACUCAGACGACCCCAGAAACACAGAUAACGCUUGGAUUGAGACCACAGCUAUUAACUACCAUGAUGAGGAGGGUUACCUCAUGCAGAACUUCACCUUACAGGCUGGUGAUGAUGCGGGUGCCGUGCGUUGGCAGGACGUCGAUGGAACCUCUCCGCUCUUCGCAAGUCACCAGGCCAUCCUCAAACAUGUGGCUGGCUUUCAUAAUGCACAUUUUUAGAUUAGUCUAAUGGCUUCUAAAUUCUAGUCAGGAAUUUCAGCUAGGGUAUGUACAAUGUAGAUUGUAUCUAAAAGUUUAAGAUGAU